AUAUAAUUGUGAAUUGGAGAAAAAAUGGGAGAUGAAUAUGAGCCUAUGGAACCAAGUUUGAAGAAUGUCAUUGAUCAAGCUUCAUUGAAAUGGAUUUUUGUAGGUGGAAAAGGUGGUGUUGGGAAAACAACAUGCAGUUGCAGCUUGGCUGUGCAAAUGGCAAAAGUCCGGGAGUCUGUAUUGAUUAUAUCUACCGAUCCAGCUCAUAAUAUUUCAGAUGCUUUCAACCAGAAGUUUACAAAAGUCCCAACCAAGGUUAAUGGUUUCACGAAUUUGUUUGCUAUGGAAAUUGAUCCCAAUGCAGGUUUGAAUGAACUACCGGAUGAAUACUUCGAGGGAGAUAAUGAAGCAUUACGAUUAAGCAAAGGUGUUUUACACGAAGUUGUUGGUGCCUUGCCGGGCAUAGACGAAGCAAUGAGUUACGCAGAAGUUAUGAAGCUUGUUAAAGCAAUGAAUUUUUCCGUUGUAAUUUUUGACACUGCACCUACCGGACACACCCUUCGUCUGUUAUCAUUCCCUCAAGUUGUGGAAAAAGGCCUAGGAAAACUGUUGCGGCUAAAAUUGAAAAUUACUCCUUUUAUUACUCAGUUCGGCAGCCUUCUUGGUAUGCCGGUUAAUGCAGAUUCCUUGACGCAAAAACUUGACGAAAUGUUAAAAAUUAUACGACAAGUGAACGAACAGUUUCGAGACCCUGACCAAACUACAUUUGUUUGUGUAUGUAUUGCUGAAUUUUUGUCAUUGUAUGAGACUGAGCGUUUAGUUCAAGAAUUGACCAAGUGUGGCAUUGAUACACACAACAUUAUUGUCAAUCAGUUGUUAUUUAUGAAGCAAGAUCAACAGCCCUGCGGAAUGUGUGCUUCUCGGUAUAAAAUCCAACAAAAAUAUUUGGACCAAAUUGCUGAUUUAUACGAGGAUUUUCACGUUACGAAACUUCCCCUAUUGGAAAAGGAAGUACGAGGCGCUGAUAAUAUUAACAAAUUUUCCGAAAAUUUAAUAAAACCAUACAAUUGUAAUUAGUGAAAUACGAAUAUAAUGAUUGUAUUUUGAUUUCUGUGAUUCACACCCUUUACACACAUAAAUAUACAUGCAUCAAUGGUAUGUCAGUAAAAUGUGAA